AUGCUUGUACAGACUCUUUUGACUGCAGUCGCGGCUGCGACGCUGGCCCUCGCGGGUAGCCCAGUGGAAAAUGGCAACUGGAUCGAGGAGCACCCUGGCUUCAGCACGCAGCAAUGCGAAGGCGGCCAAGUGAGCGGCGAUACCUUUACUAUUCCCAAAAAACCAAACGGCAGCGGGGGUGGCUCUGGCUGUUCCAAUGGCCAUUUACGCGCCGAGCGCCGAUACAAGAACGACUACUCUUCCGGCACGCAUCAAUUUGGUGGCGUCUUCAAGAUCAAUUCCAUGUCUGGCAACCGCAUAUCCAUCAAGCAAACCUUUAAUGGCAACUCUGGCCCGUAUUUCAUCAUGGGCGUGGAGCAGGGCGGUCGCCUGUACAGCGUCGAGGGCGGCAAGACGAUUGCAGAGGGAGUGGCCAAGGUUGGCGCCAGCGUCCGCAUCAACACGGUGCACAAUGUCAGCCUGAAACGCUUCAGCGUCUACGUCAAUGGCAAAGAGAUGUUCCGCGACGACAAUGCUCCUGGAGGCAGCUUCUACGAUAAGAUUGGAGCAUACACCACUAAUAGCGGUAGUGGCGAUCUAAGCAUUACCUGGUCGGACGUGCAGUUGUGGCACCGCGGAUAA